UUGUCAGCAGCAGAGGGCACCACUCCCACAACUUCCGCCUCUUCUGUUGCUUUUACCUCAGAUGGUGGCUAGUAGUAUGUUCAGGUUGAAACAGGUUAAUCUGGAAUGAGGAAGAGGAUCAGUCUUUAAACCCAUCAACAUAUGUUCAAGACAUAUUGUUAAUUACAUUUAAGGAACAUUUUCAGAAGCUGUUUUUACCAGACUACACAGCAGCAGUGACUUCUGCAGGAACAAUGCAUAUCAGCAGAGCUUUUGCGUUCCUGUGCCUGGUGGUUUCAGUGGGUGCUCAGAGGAAUCACAGCAGACUGAGUUGUUAUCUGGAUGUUUUGACUCCGAGCACUCGUGAGGGUUCCUGCACUCACAUCAUUCUGCCCUCCGUCUCCAGCGAUGAUGAGCUUUACCUCCAGAGCCUGACGGAGGAUGAUUACCACACUAUUCAAAGGAUGAAGGAGAGAAAUUCAGCUUUAAAGAUUUUGCUUGGACUGGAGAUCAAAUCAUCAAGGCUGAAACUGAUGUCUGCAAAUGAAGCUAGUGUUGGGAGUUUCAUUCAAACUCUGCUGACAUAUUUGAAAGAAAAACGUCUGGAUGGUCUAAAUUUGAUUUGGCUGGAUGGCACCCCUUCAGACACAGAGCUUUUCACUCAUUUUCUCAAGAGUCUAAAAGGUGUGUUUGAUGAAGAAACACGUCCUCUUCUUCUCUCAGCAUCUGUAAAGGAGACCACUGACAAAACUGUGGCCAGUUAUGAUGAGCAGACACUUUCACAGUAUGUGGACUUCAUCUCCAUUCUGCCUGCUCAGCUCCAAACGGAUGGACAGUACAUUAGCAAAACAGCCCAACACUGGCAGGACCAACAGGUUGACCUGCAGAAGCUGGAUCUAGUCAUGCCUGGUUUUCUUCAGAGGUAUCACCACAGAAAUCAUCCCAAACAUGAUGAUACGACUGCAGAGGAAGGAAAGAAGGAUCAUGUUCACGUUUUGAACUCAUACCUGGGCAAUCAGGUGUGUCAGGCUGUUAAAAGUGGACAAGAGCAGUUCAUUACAUUAACAAGUGUCUCGGAUGGACAAAGUCCCGUCAAAGAGGUGCUCCAGCAAGGCUUUGGAGGCAUUGGAGUUGUCCUUAUAGAUCUAGACGUCUUCGGUAAUUCCAUGUGUCCGAACAUGACUCAAAAAGAAAGAGCGACUGUUGAAUCAAAGGCCAUCAUGCAUUCACAUCAUGGACAUAGACGUCAUGGACAUGGAGAUCAUCGUCACCAUCACACUGGACAUCACACCCGACAUCAUGGACGACAUCAUCAUGGUCGUCAUCAUCACCAUGGACAUCGUCCUCAUCAUCAUGGUCACCGUCACCGUCACCAUGGCCGUCAUCAUCAUCAUCACCAUCACCAUCAUCACUCAACAACUACCCAAAGCAGCGUGACCAGUGUAACACCAAAGGGUAUGGAGUGAAAUUACUCAGUAUAUGAUUUGCAUUUAAUGACUGCUAAUGAAAGGCAUGCUUUUAUUCAUUUCUAUAAUGCAUUGUACAAUACAAUAUAGACCUAAACAAACAGAUUUACAGAGAUCAACAGGGAAAUAAGAGAAUCAGUUAUUAAUAAUCACUUUAGAGUAAGUCUGAUGCGCAAUAAAAUCAUCAAAAUAGAAAUCAAACAGCAUAGAAAUAGACACAUUUUUCAAAUGUUGUACAUAAAGAUUAUUGAGGUUUUUACAAGAAACUAACUAUAAACUCCUUUAUUUCACUUUCUUUUUUGUAAUUUUAAUUUACAUUUAAUUCACUGUUACUUGCUAUUAUAUAAAUAUAGUAAACAAUAUUUGAAGUGGAUCAAAAAAUUUGUUUAAAAUCGACAAGAAUGGGUGUUGUUCAAAGAUUUGAGGAGAACUUUGUCAUGUCACUUCAAAUGUUGACUAUUAUAUCGUGAUUGAAAAUAUGUUUCAUAUAAAAGAAUAAUUGUCUUCCUUUUUUUCUUACUUACAAUUUUUAUGCAGGAGUAGUUAUAAUUUGUUUUUGCGUUCUGGUAAUAGCAUUUUUCAGAAGAUUUUGUUUCACUAUUUGCCUAUUAUGAAUAAUAAUUUUACAAUGUAAUUACAUGAUGAUUUUAUGAAGUAUUAAAUGCAGAGAUUGUGUUACUGUGUGUUAAGAGGCCUUUAUCUAACAGGCCAAUGAUAGAUAUAGAUCAGUGCAACAUUAUGAGAAAAAAUAAAUAUGUACGUGAAUAUUCUCA